UUUCAUGGAAAUUUGAUGUUUGGGUUUCUUUUUAAUGUUUUUUGCUCAGAUAAAGUGUUUGGACCAUUAUGCGUAAAUGAAACGGUUUAUGAAGGAGUGAAGAAUGUUGCUUUGUCUGCUUUGGGAGGCAUAAAUGCUACUAUAUUUGCAUAUGGCCAAACCAGCAAUGGGAAGACAUACACGAUGAGAGGAAUAACAGAGAAGGCUGUCAAUGACAUCUACCAGCAUAUAAUGAAUACACCAGAGAGAGAUUUUACCAUUAAAAUUUCGGGACUAGAAAUUUAUAAUGAGAAUGUUAGAGACCUGUUGAAUUCUGAAUCUUGCCGUAGUCUCAAGCUUCUAGAUGAUCCGGAGAAAGGUACUGUGGUUGAGAAGUUGGUGGAAGAAACAGCCAGCAAUGAUCCUUCUUGGGGAACUGUUGUGAUGAUCCCUUCUUUUCCUGUCCCUUUGAUGGGAGGAACUGAUGAUGAUAAAGUAAGAGUGAUUCAGACACUGCUAUUUGUUGAAGGGAUUAAUACACUUUUACAAAGACUGUUCGGAACUCAACUACCUACCGUUGUAGGCGGUUCUUAUGCCUUCAUGGUUCCCAUCAUAUCAAUAAUUCAUGAUACUUCUUUGCUGAGUAUUGAGGAUAACCAUAUGAGAUUUCUAUAUACUAUGAGAGCUGUCCAAGGUGCACUAAUAGUAGCAUCAAGCAUACAAAUUAUCUUGGGAUACAGUCAAAUGUGGGCUAUUUCCACCAGGUUCUUUACCCCCCUUGGAAUGGUUCCGGUUAUUGCACUAGUUGGCUUUGGCUUGUUUGACAGAGGCUUCCCUGUGCUUUGGCUUGUUUGA